AUGGCAGUGCCAACAUCUAGAAGCGUUGCUCGCGCUCUGCGGCAGAUCAGAAAACCUUCAAUCCCUCGGCCGCGACAGCCACAGUGCGCCCGAACGCUCUACGAACCCGUGCGCAGUUUCUCCAGCACGUCCAGGCGAAGGGAGGAUACUUCAGAGCCACAUCACAAUGUCAAAUAUACCACAGACAUGUACAACAUCCAGCGCGACUCGAGGUUCGCCGAGAUCACCCCGGACCAUGUCCAGUUCUUCAAAUCCGCCCUCGGCGAUGAGGCAGCUGUGAUCGACGGAGUGACGAAGGACGCUUCAGACGACCUCGAAGCAUUCAACAGAGACUGGAUGAAGAAAUACAGAGGGCACACGAAGCUCGUGUUGAAGCCGAAGAGCACUGAGGAGGUGAGCAAGGUGCUGAAAUACUGCAACGAGAACAAACUGGCCGUCGUGCCGCAAGGAGGAAACUCAGGCCUGGUGGGAGGAAGCGUGCCGGUGUUUGACGAGAUUGUCAUCUCGUUGGCGCGCAUGAAUCAGAUCCGCAGCUUUGACGACGUGAGUGGCAUCUUGGUCGUCGACGGAGGUGUCAUACUGGAGGUGGCAGACAACUUCCUGGCACAGCACAACCACCUGUUCCCUCUAGACCUGGGAGCAAAGGGUUCAUGCCAGAUCGGUGGUAAUGUGGCCACAAACGCUGGAGGCCUGAGACUAUUACGGUACGGCUCGCUACACGGCAAUGUACUGGGUCUCGAAGCUGUACUCCCCGAUGGCACCAUUGUCGAUGACUUGUCCAAGCUACGGAAAAACAACACCGGCUACGAUAUGAAGCAAUUGUUCAUUGGUGGAGAGGGUACCAUCGGUAUCAUCACUGGUGUCUCGGUGCAAUGUCCGCAACGGUCAAAAGCUGUGAACGUCGCCUAUUUUGGUCUCCCUUCCUUCGAACACGUGCAAAAGGCAUUCAAGGAGGCCAAGAUCCAGCUGGGCGAGAUCCUGUCGGCUUUCGAAUUGAUGGAUUCGCAAAGUCAAGGGUUCGUCCACAAAGUCACCGGCAACAAACGGCCGCUCGAGGGAGACCACCCUUUCUACUGCUUGAUCGAAACCAGCGGGUCCAACGCCGAGCACGAUAACGAAAAGUUGGAGCAGUUCUUGGAGUAUGUCAUGGGCGAGGAGAUUGCCUCUGACGGCGUCCUGGCCCAAGACGAGACCCAGGUCCGCGCCCUGUGGGGAUGGCGAGAGGGCAUCACCGAAGCCAUCGGACACUUCGGCGGCACGUAUAAAUACGACGUGUCAAUACCGCUUGUCGAGCUUUACAAGUUGGUCGAAGACACAAGAGAACGACUCACGUCCAAGGGGUUGGUCGGUGACGACGAUUCGUACCCGGCCAUCGGUGUCGUCGGGUAUGGGCACAUGGGCGACUCAAACCUCCAUCUCAACGUCCCCGUGAGGAGGUACACCAAAGAGGUCGAGGAGGCGAUCGAACCCUGGGUGUACGAGUGGAUCCAGAAGAGGAACGGCAGCAUCAGCGCCGAGCACGGCCUUGGAAUCGCGAAGAAGAAGUUCAUCAGCUACAGUCGCAGUGAGACCAUGCUGGGCCUGAUGAAGCAGAUCAAGAACCUGUAUGAUCCCAACGGCAUCAUGAAUCCAUACAAGUACAUAUAG